GACUACUUGGGCUACGGUGUGAGCUCCGGCAAGCCCUCCGAGAAGAACCUCUACGCCGACAUCGACGCCGCGUGGCAGGCGCUGCGCACCCAGUAUGGCGUGAGUUCUGAGAACAUUAUCCUCUAUGGACAGAGCAUUGGCACCAUCCCCACUGUGGACCUGGCUUCGCGGUAUGAGUGUGCAGCAGUCAUCCUCCAUUCCCCUCUGAUGUCUGGUUUGUGUGUUGCUUUUCCAGAUACCAGGAAAACAUACUGCUUUGAUGCUUUUCCCAGCAUUGACAAGAUAUCUAAAGUCACCUCUCCUGUGUUGGUCAUUCACGGUACUAAAGAUGAGGUCAUUGAUUUCUCCCAUGGCCUGGCGAUGUAUGAGCGCUGUCCCGGUGCUGUGGAGCCCCUAUGGGUUGAGGGGGCUGGGCACAAUGACAUAGAGCUCUAUGCACAGUACCUAGAACGACUAAAACAGUUCAUAUCCCACGAGCUUCCCAACUCCUGAAGAUGGCGGCUGACCUUACCUCAUUACUGUGAAGCGAGGAUCCUUGUUCGCACACACUUUGACUGGAUUUAACAGUGAUGCCCAAUAACCACAGAGAGGGGCCCAACCCUUGGGUGUUCUCACUAAAGAGCUAGCACAGUCUGUCUUUUGUACCUAAUCUCCACCUUUAUUAAGCUGAGCAGCUGCAUUCUCAGCUGCAUGCCUUGCGGGAGUGGGAAGGAGAGCUGACCGUGGGGUCUGUU